UCAUCACGAUUAGAUUAAUAAUUUGUCUCUAACUUUCUGUACAAAAUCAACUCUUGAAUUUUCCACUCUGUUUCUCAGGGAUGGUAUAGCAAUAGUGUUGUUUCAUCAUGUUGUGUCUUUAUUUCUUUUGUAUGCUUGCAUAAUUAAUCUUUUUUUGUCAUCAUAUGAUAUGUCAACCCAAUCAUUAAUUUGUUUAUACUUUUUUCUUCUUCUUGGUAUUUGACAAGAUUUAUAUUCAUAAUUGCUGUUACUUGAACAGGUAUUUUUGGUGGACCCUUUUGAGCUGUAAAAAUAUUACAAGGAUAUUUUUGUUACUUGACUGGAGCCCAACUAAAAUUUCAUCUAAACCCACAAAUAUAUGGAGAAAGAAGGAAGUUACAUGGCAAAUUUUCCUGGCCUUGAUUAUGAGCUUCAAAAUCAUCAACUACAAGAUUCGAUCAAUCAAGAAAUGGGAGCAAAAUCUACAGAUCACAACAGCAACCAAAUUGUGGAUUGCAUGCUACAAAAUCCACCACAAAACCAGCAACCACCUCUUCUAUCACCAUCCAACUUUUGCGGGUCGAAUUCAUUCGACAAGCUGAGCUUCGCAGAUGUGAUGCAGUUCGCAGACUUCGGCCCCAAACUGGGGCUGAAUCAAGGCAAGGCGCCCGAGGAAGAAGGCGGGAUCGACCCCGUCUUCUUCCUCAAGUUCCCGGUGUUGAACGAGCAUCACAAUCAGCAGCAUCAGAACCACCAUCUCCCCUUGAUGGCCUCUGAGGAGCAGGAGAGAGAGGAUGGAAAGAGCCCUCAAGUGGAGAAUGUGAGAUUUCUCGGUGAAAAGAGCCCUCAAGUGGAGGGCAAGAGCAAGAGGAAACGGCCUAGAGCUUCUAAGACUGUUGAAGAAGUUGAGAGUCAAAGAAUGACUCAUAUAGCUGUGGAGAGGAAUAGAAGGAAGCAAAUGAAUGAACAUCUUCGUGUUUUGAGGUCUCUCAUGCCUAGCUCCUAUGUCCAAAGGGGUGAUCAAGCAUCUAUAAUUGGUGGAGCGAUUGAGUUUGUGAGGGAGCUGGAGCAGCUGCUCCAAUGCCUUGAGUCACAGAAGAGGCGGCGGCUGUAUGGAGACGGGGCGAGGCCGGGUGGAGAUCCAUCCAUGGGCAUCCCAAACGAGCAAGGCGGCGGCUAUGAAACUGCGGGAUUGGGAGAAGAAACGGCAGAGAGCAAGUCAGGCUUAGCAGAUGUGGAGGUGAAGGUUUUAGGGUUUGAUGGUUUGAUCAAGAUUCUGUCGAGGAGAAGACAAGGACAGCUCGUCAAAACCAUUGCUGCACUUGAAGAUUUGCACCUCACUAUUCUGCAUACUAAUAUUACUACUAUUGAACAAACUGUUCUUUAUUCUUUCAAUAUUAAGAUUAAUGGAGAGGCAAGUUUCACAGCUGAAGACCUGGCAAACUCAGUUCAACAAAUUUUCAGUUUUAUCCAUGCAAACAAUAGCCUGUGAUUACGAUGUAAAUAUAUCAUAUAUGUAUACAGUAUUUGUAUGAAUGUGUCCACCAAUAUAGUCAUUGUAUUAUCUAGGCGUUUUUUUACAUUCUUUAAUAUAGAUCUACUUAUAUAUAGGGAGAAAUGAUAUGUUAUAUAUCAACUGUUAGCAUUAUCUAUUUUAUUUUGUACAUUUAAUUUGAUUUUAAUUUCCUUA